UCGUACCGUGAGCCGCCCGCGCUCAACGCGGCCGAGAAAAAAAACCCGACACCCUAUAUACAAACUCUUUACUUACUCAACCAGCCAGUGCCUCGACAGUCAUUUUAAAAACUUAAAAUGUACGGACUUUAAAUUCAAAAUUUAUGUUCCAAAGUCAACUAGACAUGCGCGGGUAGACUUUUAUUCUAUUUUCUGGCUUGGAACCUAGUCCUUUGGGGUGUCGUGGGUGACGCGUGUGUGUGAGUGUGUGAGUGGCAUGGGGUAGCGAUGGGGGCGGGGCACAGUGCGGAGGGCGAUGGCGGCGCGUACGCAAGCGACCCGCCCGCCCACGAGCGGCGCAAGACUUAUAGUAGGAGGCGAAGGCACUCGGUGGACUCGGUCGCGUCGUAUUCUAGCCAGAAUCACGUAGACCGGAUAAGGACGCAGAACUUCUCAGCGGCUUCUUGUCAAGACGAAGACUUCGGCUCGAUCAAGACAAGCCUCUUUAGACGGUCGUCGUCCAACUUGGAUUGUUCCAACAAACGCCCGGAGAGCGUCACCUCUAACACCAGCUCCACAAGAAGCCGUCUCCGAGAACUUGUCGAAAGGAAGUCGAGUCAGGACGAACACAAGUCCGCGGCGAACACUGUCGGCGAUAUACAAUACUUCGAGAACCCCACAGAGACCCUAGAGUUCGAUAGACCCCGGAACUCACUUGAAAAGAAGCAGGAAGAACGCCCCAAAAAACGUAAAUUGUCUAAGAGCAAGGACAAAGACAAGGAUAAAGAAAAAGAGAAAGAAAAAGACUUGUGCGAGAAUAAGAACAAAAAACACGAAAAAUAUCAAAGUAAGCUCGCCGAGUAUUAUAAACUGCCUGUCCAACUACCGCAGGACGAGUUUUAUCAGCAUUUGACAAGGUCAAAGGCAGCAGAGGAUCUGCUACAGAAGCGGUUCUCGAAUAUAGACACAGAGUUAAGCGGCAGUUACGGCCGAUUGUGUAAGCAUAAAGAACCCGAAGGAUCAAACUUAAGACGCAGUCGCAGCUUGGCAGUAAUCAGAGAGGAAACCUUCACUGAUCUUCAGAUUCAGAAUCACGCCAAGAGCAAGAGAUCACAGUUGAUACCCCGUGCCCGCUUAUUUGAUAAGCCCUGCUUUAAGGAUAGGUUAAUUGGCCGAGCAAAAUACCAAACAAAGGAAGAAGUGUUAGAGAGUAUUUAUAUCGAGAGCACCGCUUCUUGUUUCGGUGAUAUCAACGCACAAAGAGAGAACGAUAAACAACUCGAGCAAAUCGAGAAUAAAUCUCAAAAAGACGACGCAGUAUCUCGCGACGGGAGUCAUUACUCUAAAUCUGUUAGUGGCAGCUGGCCGAACCUCAACGAAGAAAUCAAACAAACGCAUCUAUCUGAAGACAGCAUCGGACACUCUCGCAACCCAAGCGAUAUCGACAGCUUAGACUCCAACUACGUAAGAAAACAUUAUAACUUUGAAGCCCAUCGCAAAAACUUUAAAGACAGCUCUCCUGAAACUGAACGAUCUGUUGUGUCGCCAAACCAAAGCAAAGAGCUUUACGUAACCACAGACGACCACGAAACUGACAACGACGACAGGGACAGAUCUAAAAAUAAUACACCAAAAUCUUUCACUAACGACAGCUUAUCGAUCACUCAGAGCGACAAAGAUAAAACAGAAUUAGCGGAGCCAGAUCAAGCAACUGAUAUAGAAUCGUAUGACGAAGUUUCUAUACGUAGCAAACAAAGUGACAUAAAAGAAAAUUCGCGACCGGGAACCGUUACCAAAAACAGCGAACCAAAGGACGACGAAGACCUACAGUCAGUUCUUUCUGAAAACGACGGCACUGUAUCAAGUCCGCCAGAUAGCAUUACUUCAUACAUUUCUAUUUCAAUCGCUUCUUCAGCAGAUAAGUCACAUAAAUUGGAAUACUUAGCUAAUUCCCUUGCUGAGAAAAUAGACGAAUAUUGUGAUUCGCAAUUUAAAGAAACUGUAUCUGUAACUUCGAACACCAUAAAUUCCGAAAAUCAUAAUCCUGACGGUGACCCGAUCUAUACUAAAGUAAACAAGAAGAAAACAUUCGCAGAUAUCAGAAGAGACUCGUUCUUGAACAAAAACGGAAACGGUAACCUUUUCAACGAAAUACAUAAAAAACCUAACAACGAAGUUUACGUCAGUAAUACUUACAUCGAAAGCGACACUUAUUCGGUGAAGAGUCACUGCACAUCUUCGAAGAACAUAACAACCGAACCAUUUGUAACUACAUUAAUAGAGAAUCAGUACUAUUCAUUACCGGAUAUAAAUAUCAGCAAAUGUUUAAGGAAAUCUGAACGGAUUGAUGCUCAACUACGAGAAGAAGACCCAGAAGACAUACCUUGCGAAAAUACAUACGAAAUUGCACAAACUCAUUUUCGAGAGAUAUUGUGUAACAAAGGAAAUGAAAAUUACGGCCAAUUGAAUAAAACGGUAAAUAAUAACAAUAUUGUCAAAGUACCGUCAAACACUGGCAUUUAUUUGCCAGAAUAUUCAGAACCAGAUAUUUUACAAAACUUCACAAAACUUGAAGACGAUUUGAAAUCUAUUAUAACUAUUGAAAGUUCGAACCCUGACGACAAGGACGCUAAUUAUUAUCGUUCAGAUACUCAUCAGAAUGAAAGGGAGAUAAAUGAAAUUGAAGGAACUAUACGAAACAAUAAACUUGUUACGAAAUCAGAAAGUUUAAAAAUCACCAAUACCGUAUACAAGCCACAAAUUAAUAUAUUAAAAUCUCUGUCAAACGAUAACAUUAAUAAAUCUGCAUUAGAGAAAAAAGCGCGAACUGGAAUCAAAAAGCACUAUUCCCUUCGGCAAAGAGAUCCGACAGAUGACGAUAUCCAUCGUUUGCCGAGCCCUAAUACUGUGCAUAGAAGCUUAAAUAAACCUAUAGACACCACAGUGAAAAUCCCACAAGUUGAAGAAAUUAAAACUCCUCUACUUUCCAGAGUACAAUCUUUUAAAACAUCAGCAGACUCUAGCAUAGCUAUAGUACCAUUAAGUGGUCAUCAGACCAUCGUUAUUGAUCCACCUUUAACUCAAAACUCGAAAGAAGUCAAACAAUCCACAGUGAAUACGGUACAAGAAACACGUGGGAAUAUAUCACUUGAAUCAGUUUCUAAGAUAGAACCACCGAAAGCUAUCCCAGAGCCCACAAUUGACAAAGCUAAAGAUAUAAAAGAGAAAAAGGUUAAUAAUAUUAACACUUGCGUAGAUACUUCCAGUUACUACACACCAAAAGAUCCCUUCAUUACAAUAAAACUGAACAAAGUUGUAAAGACUACUAUACCAAAGCUUAAAGCUUGUGACAAAAUUGCAUUUACUCAAAACAAAUUUGAGAAACCUCCUCCAAGAUUAAUAAUAAAAGAUAACAAAAAUAGUGCAAGUGCGCCAACAUUUACGAAAGUCAACACGAGCAUGACUCGGCCUCAAGUAUUACAAGUGAUUGAUUCAAAGAACAAGAAGCAAACUACACCCGUUAAUAUGGAGAAAAAGGCCGAAACUGACACAAACGUUAAUAACAAUAACGUGAAACCAGAGACAAAUGAGCCAAAACCUGAUACUAAAGAACACAAAAGUGAGAUAUCUGUCAGAGAUAAAUUAAAUAAUGCUAUAAAGACUGACAUUGAAUAUCAAGAAAAACUAAAUUCCGUGAAAAGUUAUUGGUCUCGCUUGGUAGACAAAAGUCCUGAAACUAAAGAAACUACUAAGAUUUUAGACACAAAGCAGAAACAAGAAGAUGUAAACAACAACAGCAACAACGAAAAUGCAGAUAAAGAAGCCGCAGAGGAAAUCAAAGUUGACGAAGGAAAAUCUACUCCAGAAAUAUCUGUAGGAAGCAUAAUCAAAUCUUUAGAAAGUGUAAAAAUCGUAGACAGUAUUAGAAAAAUAAGUCAAACAAAAUUACAACUGUGGAAAGAUGAAACAGAAAAGGUCAAGAGCGACUCCGAAAUAGAAGAAACUACUUUGGAGAAGAUUGUUAAAGAUUCAGAGGGAAAUACUUAUGAAAAACCUAAGCUCAAGAAAACCGACUUCGAUAUUUGCAGAGACACUCCAGAGAUUGAAAUUGUUGAAUUGAGCAGUGAUGAUAAUCAAAAUCAGAAAACUCAGGCUACUUUAAUAAAAGCUAAAGGUUUCGAUGAAGGAAAUGACGAAUUCGAUCAUGUCAGAUACAAGGUAAUGAAAUCAGAAUUGUUUAAAAAUAGCAUGAUUGCCAAUUACCGAAAGGAAGCUCAAUUUGACGGAUUAUUACAAUACUUACAAGACUACAGUUUCCAAGAACUAUUAGUAAACAACAAUAUUGUAAUCAUAGAGCCAGUUCGAACCAAAAUAGAACCAGCUCCGAGAAGAAUCAACACUGAUACAUGUAAAAUUCCUCCAACUUUAUUAAAAAAGACGGAUAAUUCUUCAAGUCAAGUAGACAGAUCUAAAAAUGCUAUUCGCAGACAUUUCUUCUACCAUCCGAUCCGAGUCAAUAAAGAAAUCAUUGAAGAAGAACUACCCAAUCCUGAUACAGUUAAAAAAGUUCGAAACUUAUUCGAAGAUACCUUGAAAAUGAAAAGUCCCAUGACUCAGGAUCCUCCACUGGUUGAUGAUCUCGGUUUGACGAGACGUGCGACAUCGUACAGGAAUUUGAAUGAAGAAAGUAAAGGGAAUAAAAUGGGAGGAAGGAAAAAGGUGAUCAGACAAUUAACAAUUGACACUAAUUUUGGCAACAAAAAAUGGGAUAAUGCUAGUCUUUCAAGUGGAGUCUCAAGUGGAGAUCUUAGUUCCAACAACGACUACGAAAACGAUGGCCUCAGCCCAUACUCUCAGAAAAACUUGAAGGACAAUGUUUACAGUUCUAGUGACGAAUAUCUAUGCGAUUCGAUGAGUCAAGAUUUUUGUUGCGAAAGUCAAUACGUAAGUCCUGAUAUAUUAAAGAAAAUCAGGGAAUGUGGAACUUCAAUAACUUACUAUGGCGGCAAAGUUUUAAAUUCGAAACCCGGAUCUAAUGUCAGCCCCAUGACAAAAGCUAUUAUGGAAGAAAUUAAGAGCUUACAAAAAAACUGCAGUAGAGACUGUUACUCUUGUCAAACUAAAUGUCGAGGUGACAAAUGUUCCUGUCUUGUGGCCGAUAAACAUAAGCAAAUGAUCACAAACAAACAAAACAUAACCACAACAUUGGACGCGGGCAAUCAAAUUCAAGACAAAAAUAAACGCGCGGAUGUCUUCCCCGGAUUUAAAUUUAAACUAGUGAAAUCAAACAGCUGUAGUAGCCGGUUGGAGUUAACGGGCACUGACGAUAAAAAUCCACGCCUCAAGUUCAGGAAAUCUACGAAAGCAGAUGAUCCCCCAUUGGUGUACGAUGAUGAGAACUCUGUCAAAAACAAAAUUUGCAGAUUAGAAAGCUACAACAAAGGUAUUGUGAAAACCCCAUUUGAAAGCAAAGAGGGAGAAGAAAAAAAAGUAGUAUUGAAAAAUGUAGGUGAAAUAAACAAACCUACCGACAUAAAGAACAAAAAUGAUAUGUCUCAACAAAACCUGGCUACGAUGAAUGAAAAUGACGAAAAGCAACAAAACCAACAAUCUGAAAAGAACACAAAUGAAGCGCACACUUUUGAAAAAAAGUUCUACUACGUGAAUGAAAACUUAGAUCAAACUAAAGUCACGAGCGGCAAGUUCGGAGAAAUGGUGUUCGAAGAGUUCGAGGUUCUAGAAUCGUGUUAUGAUAGUUUAAAUAGUAAUAAGUCGUUGAAAUAAUAAUAAUUUUACACUAUUAUAAUAAGCUUUUGCUUACAUAAAUUGUGAUCUGUAUUCAAAUAACGCUAUUAAAUUAUUGCUUGUAAAUGUAGUAUAGAUAUAAAUAUUUAGAUUAAAACAUGUUAUCUGAAAUAAAAGUUUAGAUUUAAGCAUAUCCAUAUACGUAGACCUAACAUUCCGAAUCGAACUGUACGUAGUCUUGGUGAUGGUCUCUUUAUUCUUUUUGUAAUAAAUAACUUGUGAAAUG